AACAAGUGAGUUAAAUGAAUGUUUAUUCAUGAGAAGAAAGUUCAACCCACGAGCCCGAAGGGCGAGUGGGUUAAUUUCUUCGAGUGAAUAAACAUUUUUAACUCACGUGUCGUAUACAAAAUUUUAUCCCAUUUUGAUGAAAUUUCAAAUAAUGAAUACUUUUUAGAGGAAAUAUUAGGUAUAAUUCAAAUUCAUAACGAGAUUUCCCUUCGAUCGAUGGUUGCUAGGGCACUAUGUAAUUAAUUGUUUGCAAGUGUCAAUGAAAAUUAUAGAACCGUCAAAGAAUUUUUAUUUCGAAAAAAUGUUGAGCGGUGACGACGAGGUUGAAGUUCCUGAGUGCAUUAUACAAGAAGCAAAUGAGGCAGCAGAAGCAGUAAUUCCAUUAAAAUCAAAAAUAUUGUACGAAAAGCAAUAUACGGCAUUUUGUGCCUGGAGAAAUAAUAAAAAAGCCAAAGGUGUCAACGAAAAAAUAAUUUUGGCGUAUAUUUCCGAACAAUCCAAGAAAGUUAAGUCGUCGUCUUUAUGGUCCUACUAUUCGCAACUCAAGAAAAUGUUGGCUCUGAAAGAAAAAAUAGACAUCGGCAGAUUUCACCAAGUCACCGCCUUUUUGAAGCAACAUUCCAAGGGAUACGUAGCAAAGAAGUCGAAGGUAUUCACAAGAGAGGAGUUUGAAUACUUUUUAGAUGCCGCUCCUGAUGAGCAAUAUUUAUUGAUAAAGGUAGUUUUUAUUAUGGGUGUUGCUGGAGGGUGUAGAAUCGGCGAGCUGGUGACUAUGACCGUAGAUGACGUGGAAGAUCGGGGCAGCGUAUUGGUUAUUCAGAUUCCAGAUACGAAAACUUAUAAGAAAAGAGUGUUCACUGUGGUCAAUGGUACUAAUAAGGUUGCUGCACUCGAUAUAUUCCGCAAGUAUAGGAACUUGAGGCCAAGCAAAGUUGCUCACAAGCGACUAUUUAUAAAUUAUAAAAAUGAAAAAUGUACCGUCCAGCCUGUAGGUGUGAAUACAUUUUCGAAAAUGCCCGUUACUAUUGCAAAGUAUUUGGGCCUUUCUGAUGCUGAACAAUAUACAGGGCACAGUUUCAGGCGUUCUUCUGCAACCCUACUCGCAAAUUCUGGGGCAGAUUUGACAGUUUUGAAAAGACAUGGUGGAUGGCGCUCAAGUUCUGUUGCAGAAGGAUAUAUUGAAGAUUCACUACAAAACAAAAUAAAUAUUUCUGAACAAAUACUUGGUGGGGUCACAAAAACCGGAGUUCCUGAUGCAGAAAUGGAUAUUCCAGCAGGGCCUGAGAAGUCCUCAAACACAUGUGCUAUAACGACUGAGCGUGUUUCCUUUGGAGGAGGUGCAGGUUUCCAGUUCCAUUUUCAAAAUCUUAGUAAUUGUAAUUUUUACUUUAAUGAUAGAAAUGACUGUUAAUGUAGAAUUUUUGAUAAAUUUUAAUAAACAUACUUUAAAAUGAGUUUUACGUGCAUUGUGUGUGGAAAGAAUAAUUUUCAGAAAGUGAGUGGUGAACAUUUUAUUCCACUAGUGAAUUAAAAAAAUUUUAAUUCACUCAGUGGAUAAACGUCAACUUACCCUUGUUACCAUGGGUUGAAUAUUGUCGUCUUUAAACGUCAAAAUGGGAUAAAAAU